CGCCCCCCAAUCACUCCUGGGUCGUCCCUCCCUCUUUCCCCGGCCUCAAAUAGCGAAGCGCACUCGCCAGUGCAGCCUAACACACACAUCCACACGCGCGCACACACACAUACACGCACACACGGUUGCACACGCAGCAGCAGGAGCAGCAGCAAGCAGCAGCAGCAGCGGCCGCCUCCACCAGGCAUGGCACUGGGCUCUACCUCAUUAUGGCAGCCGCGCGACACUACACCCUCGACUUCCAGCUCAGUGCGAAAGCUGAUGGAGAUGCCAUUCUUAAAGGUCUACAGUCUGUUUUUGAAGAGCAGGCAAUGACAGAAACAGUUCAUUCUUGGGAAGAUCAUGGAUAUUUAGCAACCUACGUUAACAAAAAUGGCAGUUUCGCCAGUCUGAGAAUUUACCCACAUGGAUUAGUGUUGAUGGAUGUACAGAGUUAUAGCAAUGAUUUGAAAGGAAGAGAAGAAAUUGACAAUCUACUAAACAAAUUAGAAGAAAGAAUGAAAGAACUGUGUCAGGGCAGUAUUGGAAGGUUAAAACGGUUGCCAGCUCUUGUACGAGGAGGCAAGAUUGAUAAGUAUUGGCCCACGGCUGAUGGACGCCUGGUGGAAUAUGACAUAGAUGAAGUUGUGUAUGAUGAAGAUUCACCUUAUCAGAACAUUAAAAUUCUGCAUUCAAAGCAAUUUGGAAAUAUCCUUAUCCUCAGCGGUGAUGUCAAUUUGGCAGAGAGUGACUUGGCAUAUACACAGGCCAUAAUGGGCAGUGGGAAGGAAGAUUACACUGACAAAGAAGUGCUGAUUCUGGGUGGUGGAGAUGGGGGUAUAUUAUAUGAAAUAGUCAAAUUGAAACCAAAGAUGGUCACUAUGGUAGAGAUUGACCAGAUGGUGAUUGACGGGUGUAAGAAAUACAUGCGUAAAACAUGUGGAGAUGUCUUAGACAAUCUUAAAGGAGAGUGCUAUCAGGUUCUCAUAGAAGACUGUAUUCCAGUACUGAAGAGGUAUGCCAAAGAAGGGAGAAUGUUUGAUUAUGUGAUUAAUGAUCUGACAGCUGUUCCAAUCUCCACAUCUCCAGAAGAAGAUUCUACAUGGGAAUUUCUCAGACUGAUCCUUGACCUUUCAAUGAAAGUUUUGAAACAUGAUGGAAAAUACUUUACCCAGGGGAACUGUAUCAAUUUGACUGAAGCCUUGACUCUCUAUGAAGAACAACUUAGCCGGCUUUAUUGUCCUGUGGAAUUCUCAAAGGAAAUUGUAUGUGUUCCCUCAUACAUGGAAUUGUGGGUGUUUUACACUGUUUGGAAGAAAACUGAAUUUUGAAGAUUAUUCUUGCCUGCAUAUUGCCAUCUUGAACCUUUUAAAUUAUAUGCUCUAGAUGAUCCUGAAAUUAGUCAUUCUAUUGAUUGUGAAUUCCUUAAAAAGUUUUUUUAUUAUUAUUUUAAUUUAAAAAGCAAAUGGAAAAUGUAUAUUUUGAUGAGCUCUAGGGUGUUAUUUUUUGAAAGUCAACUUAAAGAUGAAUUGGCAGCGCUGCUGCUGAAUGCACUGAACCUUUUAGAAUGUGAUCCUUGUAUUUCUCUGUUAAUGUAGGCUUUUAUGAUAGAGCUUCAUGAGAGUGUGUGUGUGUGUGUGUGUGUGUGUGUGUGUGUGUGUGUGUGUGUAUGAGGGAAAGAACGAGAGAGGGAGUGAAUGAAAAUGAAUGGAUGUGUGGAGUAUAACAGUUUUAUUUUUUGUUUCUUUUUUUUAAGUUUCAUUCUUUUAAAAUUUCAUUGUUAAGGGAUAUUUGAAAAUAUAUAUUUUUUUCCUUUUACAAAAGUUGAUUCUGUUUAAGAAAUUGGGUUAAAGGAAACUUUAAAGUGAAUAACAGUGCUUCCAUUAUAAAAAAUAAUUUUUUGUGUGUUUUUUAAAAACUUACUCUCAAUACUCUAGUUCCAUAAAACAAAUUCUUACACUGAUGUAAUUGUAGUUCUGUUUUUUAUGUAUGUAUGUGUAUAUAUGUAUGUACAUAUACAUAUACAGUUUCAUUAACCAACUUGUACAAUAGACAUCUUUCCCUUAUCUUGUCUUCCCUCCUCCUCCAUCCCCCCAAUCCAUUACACAUGCAAAUUUGUUUCUCUCGUGACCUUGAACUCUGACGGUAGGUUAGUAAAUCUAAUUUUGGUAGCAUGACAUUGAAAGUCAAAGCAUGCUCCCAUAUCGCAUGUCACACUCAUGUGAGACAUUGAAAUAAGGCACUCUUUGGAUAGCUCGCUAUUCCAGGAAUUUACAGGAGUAUAUUUGUUUCAGAGAGUAGUAGUAACUUAGAUUUAUACAUAAGAGAACUAAGCAGCCAAAAGCUUAGUACUUCUCACCUUAUUAAGGGGGGUGGGCUGGUAGAUCUUAAGAAGCAUAGGUAUCAGUUUUCCAAGUUCAGCAGUUCACAUAGGUUACAGUACAUAUCUGAUCGUUAUAUUUGUUGAAGUUUCAAGUAUUUCAAAAUUAAGAUUUGAGAUUUCAAAUUCAAGAUUUCUCCCCUUGGCCAUUUCUUACCUAUAUCUUUGUGGAAAGUUAUUUCAAUUUGCUGAUUGAAUCAGUUCAUUUAUGGUAACUUUGCUGUAAGCAGACCAUUGUAAACGAGAUAUCCUGUACCACUUCUAAGGAGGAAAAAAGAUAAUUUUUUUAUAAUGCUUAAGGGUGAAAUUUUUUUAAAGCAAGCAAGCACUCUUCUUCCCAAAUUUUAUUCUGCAUUUCAGAAGAAACAAAUACUCUUUAAAAAGGAAGGUAUUUUAACUACUUGGUUUAUUGGGAUGGGAGGGAAGAGAAGAGAUUAAUGGAUCCCCUUAUUAAGUUUAUAGGAUAAAACAUGAUGUUGUACUGACCUGUCUUUAACCAAGAAAUUUUUUUUGUGUUAGAUAUGUAGUAAAAUUUGUCUUUGACAGCCUUUGUAAAAUGGACGAGCUUGUCUUUGAGGAUGCUUGCAGAGCAAAGGCUGGGUAUAAUGUUCAUAGAUAGGUUUAUAUGUGAACAUUAUAGAAUAUACACACAUACAAAUUAUACACACAUAAUGUAUAAUGGUGCUGUUAAUGUUCAAAUACCAUAUGAGUUGAACAACGAGAGGGAGCAUUUUACUUCAUUGAAAAACUCACCACCACCGAAAAGCAAUUUGAAAUCAUGUGCUUUCCUUCGUGGUGCUGGGGAUAUGGUGUGACGAGCAUCUAGGCAUAACUUGAACUUUGAACUUGACGAUCAGAUCAACUUGUGGGCUGAAGCAGGAUAUCCAGCUAUCAGUCUGGGGGCACAGGUCCUGCUACAAAAACACCAACUUAGAAAUGUGGGUGGUAGGUUUGUACAUUCAGGUCCCUGGAAAGGUACAUUCAGAGCAAAGGUAUAUGGGGUGGGUGUGUAGGGGGAA